CUCACAGCCACUACGAUUUCGACAGUCUUAGCCUACUCGGUGUGGCGAGUACAACACAAACGCUUUGAGGUACGGUACGCGUGCGCACGUUGUCGUCGGACGGUUAAAAGUUUUAGUACAUCGAUUUUAGAUUGAAUUGGUUUGGAUUUGAUUGUGCGCGUGUGAAGUAGUGUGUGCGUGAGCUCGAAUGUGGUUCGAGUGGAAGACGAGUAUAUGUACGAGUACAACGUUGCGAAGGAAGUCGAAUAGACAACGCAACGAAACAGAGAAGUGAUAAUUUCAAAUUUAAAGAUAACCAAUAAAAAAAUAUUAAAGAAAAUAAAUUUAAUAAAACGUGAUACGCUGUAAAUUAUUGCAAAGCAAAACAUAUAAAUAUCUACUAUAAUGUCCCAACAAGGAAGUGAAAAGAAAUAAAAUAAAUUGCACGCAAUAGCUACAACAACACUUAAAUAAUGAGCAACAAAUAAGACUUUAAAAUUCAACAACUACACAAAUAAUUUAUAUUUGGCAAAAUUACGUAAAAAUCAACAAGUCAAACAGCCAGCAGCAAAAGGAGCGGUCAACGAGUAGUGGGCAACCAAAAAUUGGCAGAGUAAAAGAAAAAUAUACAAAAAAAAUUUAAUAUACAAAAUUUAAAUAGUUACAACUGUCAAACAGCACAGACUGCAAAAUGAAGCCAUUCAUACAACUCGUCUAUGCGGCGCUGCAAAUAAUCACAAUCACCACAUUGGUCACACAUGGUGCACAAAUACCAACAGCCACGAAAGAUGCCUUGGCCGAACUCGAAGCGUCCGACUCCUCUCCCACAACGAAACCAAGCAUUGAACCCACAGUGCGAAUAAAGUGUUUGAGCGGUUCCAUGUUGAUAACCAUCAAAGAUGCGCCGUUAAAUCAUGAGACUGGCCUCUUUAGUGGCAUGAUUUAUCCAAAGGGACUGUCGAAAAAUUCGACUUGUCUCACAGAGUACAGGGACCAUGAAGGCCCAUUGCGUUAUAAGCUGCCGUUACGUAGUUGUAAUACAAUGCCACAAGAAACGGAUGACGGCGGCAUUGAGUUCUUCAAUACCAUUGUCCUGCAGCCGCAUUUGAAACUCAUCACCGAUGCGGGUCGUGGCUAUCAUGUGCGUUGCUCAUACAAGAGCCGUGAUGCGGCAACCAGUUCGCCAAGUAAGAAGCACACACAACGACGCAAAGCGAACAGUGGCAAGCAUGCGCAAAAGCCGCAAGCUUAUCGCAGCGCUGAGUCGGCCCCAGUGGGAGUGGGAGGUAGUGACCGUCGCGAUUAUGGACGCUCAUUGGAUAAGUAUCGUGCCACUGGCGAUGAAUUCGAUCAGGAAGAUGUGUUUGAAGAUGGCGAAGAUGCUGUGGACGAGGGUAAUGAGGAGAGUCUUAACGAGAUACCGAUGCCUGGCUGCCAUAUGAAAAUCUACAAUUCAGAGCAUAAAAUUGCUGAUGAUGUGAAAAUUGGCGAUCCGCUGACGAUUGUCAUCAGUAUUGACAAACAGGAGCUGUAUGGGCUACAUGUGACCGAUUGCAUUGUGCGCGAUGGCUUAGGUUGGGGCGAGCAGCGGCUGUUGGGCGAUGAUGGUUGCCCUAUGGAUAACGAAAUCAUGGGCCAAUUCAACUAUACUAGCGAUCAUUUGGCUGCCAAUGUUACCUUCCCAGCACACAAGUUCCCCUACACUACAUCCGUCUACUAUCAGUGCAAUGUGCAUUUGUGCGCCUUGCAGGAUCCCGAGUGCCAAUUGCCUCCUGCGUGCAGCGGCAAACGACCCAAACGACAAACUAACAACGACAACAAAGACGAAGACGGCCAACCGGCCACCAUCGAAGUCUACUCCGGUCUGUAUGUGAACGAGAAUGUGGAUGUGUCCGAGAGCGAUGAUGAUACAGUGCUCAAAGAACGUACACUUGAGGAUGCGUUGUGCGUUUCGCAGCGUACUUUUGCCAUUGCCAUAGCAAUCGCCGGUCUCAUAUUGAUGUUGGCCGUCGUUGCCGCCGUACUCUGCAUCAUGGCCCGAAGGAGCACGAAGAGUGUGUCGAAUUCGGGCAGCUCCAUUUACAGUGGUCCCUACACGAAUACAGCGUUCUCGCAUAGCAGCUAAAUGCAACGCAAAAUACCGCAACCCAACGCAAAUACCACACAACACAAAUGUAAACACGAAUGCACACACACACACACGAAUAGGAGCUAGAAAUUUUCGGUUAAAAAAUUUUUAUAUUGGAUUUUUACGCGGAUAAUUUUUUUUGAUUUUGUGUAUUUGUAAUUUAAAUUUCUUUUUUAAUUUUUGGUUUACACACACACUCAUAUAUGAACACUCAAAGUGUUUUAAAACAAACGAAAUGUUAAAGUAAGAGAAGUUUUGAAAAUUUCUUGUACACUGCCGCCGCAAAGAAGCGCAGUUUGUAGUAGUCAUUGUGUUUAGUUGUUAAGGUCACAAAGAUCACGUUAAGCGACGCAUAAGUGGAAAUAAAUAAUGCAAUAGUUUUUUGUGUAAAUGUGUUAAGGGCAAAGCAUAUAGGCAAGAAGAAAAAAUACUUACACACGGAAUACUUCAAAAAGUAAGCUCAAGCUAUGCUUAGUAAACGCAUAGGGAAUUCUGUGAGUUUUACUGUUUUCUUCUUCUUCUCCUUUUUGCUCUGCCCCAACUUGAGCUGCCUAUAAAUAUGCAAUUAAUUAAUUAAAAUAAUUAAUGUAUUAACUUUAAGUCUAUAGUAAGCCACGACACACGCUUCCUUUAGAGUCUUUAUAUCCUAUACCAGAUACACUUACGCACAUACACACAUGAACACUUAAUACAUACAAGCAGUCAGUAUAUGUAGAUAGCGUAGAUAUUACUGGGCAAUAAAAAUAUACAAUUAAAAUACGAAAAGUUAAGUGUAAAAGGUAAAAGUGUGAGUUAAAAAACAAAAAUAGUAAGCAAAUAUUUGCCCUUUAAUAUCGCAAAGGUAUAACACCUGAAAGUAUGCAACUUGUCAUAGCGCAUGCUCGCAGGUACCUUUGUUUAGCUGAUACAAGUAAAAGUACUCGUAAAACUUGAGAAUAUUUUUGGUGGUGGUCAAUUUAUUACAUUUAUGUAAUUUUAACGCUUGGUUGGCGCGCCACAUGCAAAGGGAAAAAUUUAGAAAUACUACAAUUUUUCUAUUAAGAAUUUGUACGAACAACGAACGCGCUCAACCUGCUCAGGUGAUACUAUUAACUAUUUAAUCUAAUAUAAAUUUAAAUUAUUAACCUAAUCCACUAAUAUUGGAAUUGAGUUAUAUUUGUUGUAUUGGAAAACCAAAGUUUAUCCAUUGCUACUUGAAACGAAAAUAAUUUUUGUAUUACUAUCUAACGUGAAAAAUAAAAUUAUAAAAACAAAAAAAAAUUGGAAAAAGUGAAAAAAUGAGAAGCAAUAUUGUAUUUACACUACGUACCAUCUUGUCAUUACAACUUAAACUUUAUUAUUUUAACUAUUUACUUUAAUUCUAACUUAAAACUAAACUAUCGAAUCAGAUUUAAAUCAAACUAAUUUAUUGGUUAAAAGAAAAUAGAUGAGAAGAGGAACAAAACUAAAACAGAAAGUUUAAGUCUAAAGCGUAUGCGUUUGAAAAAUUAUAAAUUGUAAAGUGUGUCGUUAUGGCGGGAAAAAACAAUUAAAAAUUACUUAUAAAAUAAAUAUAUGAAAGAAAUAAAGGCCCUUAAAAUGAA